GUGGGUGUCAAAUAUAGAUGCUGGCAAACUGCCAGUAUACAAGUCCUGUUACUUCCUGGUUAUGUCAGUCACAACAUACCGUUGUAUCUGAGCUGCUUGACACAGGACAUGGUUGUACAUGCACUCAAUUGAUAGGUCUUGUAGCUCCUGUAAUUCACUAUCUGGUGUCACCACGGAGCAUGAUAUAGGCUAUACCUGCAACGUGUAAGGUUUGUUUGUAAACGUGUCCAACUGCUUUUUGUAAAGUAAACAGACGCCCAUGUGAUUGAGGGCAUACCUCCUCUACUGGCACAGUCUACACUUCCAUAGACAAGACAUACCGAUCUGAUUAUGGAGAAGGAAAGGGGUAACACGUUCAGAGUCGUCUUCAGUGAAAGCCCGCAGAGUUCAUCCAAGACCAAGCAACAGCAACCCUACCAUCUGGUCAUCGACAAGGAUGCGGUGCGUCUCCGGGACCCUACGUCUAAUGACCUCAUUUUGGAGUGGCCAUACAGUUGCGUCAGGAGGUACGGCACGUCACCAAGCACCUUCUCGGUGGAGGUGGGGAGAAGAAGCGCUACAGGGGAAGGGGUGUUCGCGAUGGUGACAACUGAAGCCCUGGCCAUUUUGGACAAGAUCCAUGAAGUGUCGAAACAAAUCAUAGACAAACGUGGUCCGAAAAAGACAACUACACCCCAAAAAGACAACGUAUACACAGAACCGUACACCCAAUGGCCACAGCGAUUAAGAGAUACUAGAUUGAAAGGUGAAGUUCUGGAUGAGAAAAGUAAAGAGUCAGGACCAGCUCCGAAGACAGCAGCGCCCUACCUUGAAACAGGUGAUGGCGUAACGGUGACACGCAUCGGACAGGGAUCAGAAUUAGAACCAACACUUCCACCAAGAUUAGAACCCCCAAUUCCACCUAGAUUAGAACCUACACUUCCAACUAGAUUAGAACCUACACUUCCACCAAGAUUAGAACCAGCACUUCCACCAAGAUUAGAACUUACAGAUCCGCAUAGAUCAGAACCCAGGACCCGUACUGAAUCAGACACUAGCACCCGUACAGGAUCAGACCCUAGAACCCGUACUGGAAUCGACCCUAGGGCCAGUACGAGAUCCGGGACAGGGCUGUACCUGUCGCCGACGUUCAUAGACACUGUGGGCGUCACUGAAGAUUUAUACGACGACGGCGAAGCUGUGGCUGCACACAUUGCCGCAAUGCCGACACCAAAAACACGUGAUGACCCAGGACAAGGAACAUAUUGGACAUCAACAUCAAUUGAGCCUCAAAUUCGUCACAAUUAUGAACCGCUGAAAAUAGGUAAAGAAGAAUUGAGUGGGCAGGUUGACAUGAAACCCCAGCCAGGCAGGAUUAUAGCUUUUGAUUUACCAAAGAGAGAACGUCCCAAGCAGCCUCGUGUAAACUACGAGAACGUGAAAGGUGUAAAAGAAUAAAGUUGGAUUGCGUACCUAAGGCAUCUUGGAUGUCGAUUCAAUAUAGACAUUGGACUUGUAUGUCCUGAUUUGCCCUGUUCUUUUUUUCAAGUCAAAUAAGAACUUGUCAUCAAAAUCGUAAUCCUAACACAAUACUCAUACAGGAAAACGAACAUAAUAAUCAAAAUAGCAAUAAUCAUAACCAUAAUAAUCAUCAAAAUCACAAUUCGAUUUACAAUGCGCCAAAUUUCAUUAUUAUCCCGGUCAGUGGAUCAGAGCUCACUUGAUUUUCAUUCUCAGCUCCCCGGGGAGUCUACAAACCAGGCUGCCUGUGAGGCGCUAGAAGGUUAACAGUUGCCAUUGCAUAUUAUCUUCACACACAAAAUUAGUUAUGUAUGUUGACAGGAUCCCCGACAUAAAUUAAUAAGGGUUUCCGUCCCUUGUCAUGCUCUGGCCGAUGGUUCCAACUCCAUGAUAUGAAGUCCUUACCCGCAUGGAUACCGUUGUUUAUUAUUAAAGUAUCUGUACGUGUAUGCAUUACAUGAACGGUUUCAUCCUCAGACAGAGUAGACUACCCCUACAUGUAAUAGUGGUAAAUGUUUGAUCUGAAAAAUAGUAAACAAAGUCGAGUGAUAUAUUGGUCUGUUAUUUGCUUUAAAGGUGCGAGGUCCCUUUUAAAAUUUCGAUUCAUCAGAACGCGACAAUAAUCCGUGUUCAAACAUGAUAAGCGUGACGCAGCGCAAAAGUACAUGAAACCAGUCUUUGUUAACGCGUCCAUAAGUAAAACCGAGGGUGUCUAACGUUGUAUAAUAGAAUAGAGAGAUUCUCUUUUAAAUUAAUAUGUAGACAAAACAUAUAAAUACGCAAAACUACAUUAGAUCAGUGCAACGCUGGUCUUGCACCUUUUCGAUCAUUUACGACGUCGUGUGCUUGGAAACGCUCUGGUUUCCAGUCUUUGCAAGGGGCGGUCGGGUAGCCUAGUGGUUAAAGCGUUCGCUCGUCACGCCGAAGACCCGGGUUCGAAUCCCGACAUGGGUAUAAUGUGUGAAGCCCGUUUCUGGUGUCCCCCGCCGGGAUAUUGCUGGAAUAUUGCUAAAAGCGGCGUAAAACCAAACUCACUCACUCACUCCAGUCUUUGCAAUCUUCAGUCAAUCAUAUUCCAAAACGGAGGGGCAGAACAAAGUAUACCGAGUUUGUUUUUUGAUGUAAUUGAAGAUUGAAAGAACUGUUGUUUAAAUUGAUUAUGUCUAUUUAACAAUCACUCAUUCCUGCAACAGUUUGUAAAAAGAAAUCUGUGGCUGGGUAAUUUUGUUUAAAAAUAUACUGAUUAGGCUUAGAUAAGAAAUGAAUUUGCAAACACAUGACCAUGUUGUAAAUUUGUGCCGAAAAAGACAAUUGUUUAUUUUCAAAGGUAAGAUGGUAUGUAUUAUGCGAAAACCUUCUUUUUGAUUUGAGGUGAAUGUUUU